AUCGCCUGUAGAGAGACAACCAUUUCAAUUAGAGUUUUUAUGGCCGCAGUUGGUACAGCAUGUUUAAACGUGGAUGUUGAGAAUUCAGUGAACGAAGGACCUCCGUAGAAGUUCCUCGUCCAAUUAUAUAUAAGUAAAAAUCUUCAGAUCAUACAGAGAAAUUGAAAUAUGUUGAUGCAGGAGGAGAAUCAUGAGCAGUGCAAAAGUGACAGCAAAUGGUUGGCUGUAGGCGCGAAGGAGGUGGGAAGAGGUGCCGGAGCAGGAAGCUUUAUUUCGAAGUAUUUUUCGUCCGCAUCAGCACGUGGUGCAAAAAGCAGGCAGUCGAGGGGCACCAGCGAACGGAGUUUCGAGGAUGAAGAGGAGCAGAGGAGAGAACACGUGCAGUGGACUUCUAAGUCUGGCGAAGCUGGACACGCGACUACACCGAGGACACCUUUGGAAGAAAGCGCGGCCUUUUUUUUGCGGACAAUGAGAUACCAACCGUGGCCCGCAUCUCGGCUACAGCGCACCUUUCCGGCGCCGAUCGUCGAAACUGCUCGGGCAGUCAUGAAUAUCUUCAGUUAUGGCCACUGAGGAAGUCGAAGUACUUAAGUAAAGUGUUAUAAAAACUUGGAUCAUGAUUACACUAGUAUGAUACUUUAGCUUCAGACUACUUCUAACUAGAUGAAGUCGCGUAUUCUAGCUGCUGAGAAAAAAAAAAGAGAAACUUCAACUUGUAGCGAUGCCAUCAGAUGGUGAAUUUUUGCCGAAAAUAAUGAUUAUCUUAGUCGAUUUCAUUUGCGGCAGAUUGGGACAGCAAGGACUAGGGAUUUACACUCACACGAGCAAGAGCUAUUGGAGCGAUUCCGGUUGCAGGUGUGUGCGACCUAUGCCGUAGAAUCGGAGUUGCUGCUUUUACGAACCGCGUUGGCCGAGCUAGGAUGGGUGAUGCCCGGCGGAUCGGAGCAUGAUGCACCGAAGAUUUGCCAUCCCCACAAGCUCCUGCUCCAAAGCAAGAACUGUGCCGUGAUGUCCGCUUCGUCCACGCUCAAGGCGUUCGCUGAUGGAAAAAACAUCAAUAAUACUCUUGGUACUCCGUGUUCUCGGACGUAUAUCAGUCCAAACGCAGGGCCUCGUCCAGAUAGUGUUGAUCUUGAAAAAAUCGACCGUUUCAACAAACGAACAAAAAGUGCAAUGUUGUCAAGGAACACGACGCAAAGUUCUAUCAAGGAAGACACCAAUUCUGUCCGCGAGAAUUUGAUAAAAGCAAUGACGCGCACGAACUUCGUAUGCUAG